AUGGCUACUUCUGAUAACCUGUCUGGAGAAACCAUGAUUGUCCGACACAUCCCUCUGGUUCAUGGUCAGUCUGUGGGUUGUCAGGUUUAUACCCCAGGAUCGAGACCGAGUCGGCCCUGCUCUUUGAGUCUGACUCAAAGUAUCUCACUGCCUGAAAGGGAAAACCUCCCAAAUGAAGCACUGAAUGGUGACUUCCAGGGUCGCACUGGCAAGUCCAGCUCCAAUGAAAGGGCAGGAAUCUCAGAUCCUGGUUCUGGAAACACAAGAGGAUAUACCUCUACAACUCUGCGUUUUCAUAACCUGUUUGUUAUUGAAUCAGAGGUUAAUGAGGCUGAGGAGAAUUGUGAUACAUAUGCAAGCAACCUGCAGAAGUACUGUAAGGAGUACUCAUUUCGUCAGCAUUCAAAUGGAAAUUCAAAUGAGACCAAGGAUAAGACCCUGAGGUAUGACACAAAUCCUAGGUCGCUUUGUUGCAGCCAGUGCACUGUUCGUACCACUGCAUGCAACCAUAAUAUUAAAAUGUUGGAGCAUUUUGGCAUGGUCAGACAUGACACACAAAUCCUUCCGGAGUCUGGGCUGAAACUUUGCAAGGAUAAUGAAGACACCCCAAUUCUAAUGGACUGUGAGGAGCAAGACUGGGCUGAUGAAAAAGACUGUGAUGGAUAUGUUCAAAAGAAGGAAACUUUUGAGGAACAUGAGUACUAUCGUUAUGGUCCUAAUAUAACUAAUGGCUCCUCAGAUUGCGAACCUUUGAAUCAAAACCAGACCGAUUACAUCAGUGAUUCCUCUUGCAACAGCUCUGAUGGGGUGCUGGUAAAUUUCAGUGCCAUCUACAACAAAACUAAUAAUGCAGUCCCUGCUACACCAUACGACCUGGACAGUCCUGCCAAACAGUCCCAAGGAUCAGGGUCCAUGCACCAGGAUGAGGACUUCAAGCUAAUUCCGGGCUGGUCUCCUUGUGGAGUUGAUCCAAACUGUAACAUCUACCAGGCUGAUUGUAACAGUUUGUCAUCUCAGGAUACUUCUAAUCUCACUCCCUGUCAAGGUCAGCUGACCACAUACACCAACAAUUAUUACAAGCUGGUGACCUGUGACCUCUCGUCUCAGUCUGCCACUAGUCCGGCGUGGUCAUCUUUGACAAGUUGCUCAGAAGCUCACAGCCACGGAAGCAUGACACCACCCACAGAAUAUUUUCUCUUCAAAAAACCAGAGACAGAAGAUAGGGAGGUGGUUGAGGUCAACCAAAGGGACCUCCAGGCUGAUGAGGACACAGAGCUGAAGAAAAACAAAAGAACCAGAAAGAUUUCAAAGGGAAUAAAUGAAGGAAAGACUCGCACCAAGACGCAUCAUGACAAGUGUGAAGAUCCUGAACCCAAGAGUCAUGAAUACACCAGUGCUACACGAGUAUCUCAGAGCUGGAUUAACAAACAAUGUCAUUCCUUACCAAAGCAGGAAAGUCUGCACCGUGUGCUGAGCUGUCCAAGCCAGAUAAGUGUAACCUCACAUGUGCUGAAUCAGCAUAAAACCUCAUUUGCAGAGCUUGCCUGCUACAAAAAGAGUGAGAGAAGUCCAUCAGGUGUGAAAAACAACAAGGAAGAUCUUACUAGCUCCUGGUUCUCCCAGAACAUUUCACCUGUUCAAAGGAAAACUCCUUUGGGACAAAAUGUAACCUUAGUUGCAAGUAAGACUGAGAAGGAAUCUGGAAGAUCUGGGAGCUCUGAAACUUUUGGCAUGCCACCAUUGGGAGUUCCUGAACCAAGCCUAGACAUGGUGCAUGACACUAAACCACAGAGACCUACAUCUCUACCCAUCCAACCCUUUGUCCUUCAACCACCAUCAGGAAAGCAAUCCAGCAAAGCCCUGGGCUCCCUGAUAAACCAUUACAUGAGCCGCAAACAAGGUGCAUCCAAAAGCACUGACCUACCCAGCCGUUUAGCACUCUUAUCUUUGGACAACGAUUCUUCCAUUCAUCCAGAAGUACCCUCAUGCUCUGAUACCUGCUCUACCUGUACCCCACCCCCUCACAUUAGGCCCCAUUGGGCUCCACCCAGCCCACUGUUCUUCCAGGCUAACCCAGACCUUAAAUACAGAAGCAAAAAGACCAUGCAGCCCAAUCUGCCUGAUAAGAGCCCAGGAGCACAGGAUACUUGCUUAGCUCAAACCUAUCCAGCCCUUAAACAAUGUGUGACUGGCCAGGAAAAGAUGUCUCUCAAAUCUUUUCCCAAUAAACACUUACAGAACUUCCUUCCUGAGCAAGCUGGCUCACAUCAGACACCUCUGAAAUGUCUAGCACCAGAACCUCAUUAUAGUUUGUCUCCAGCCAUUACCUCAGUGACAUCCCUGGCCUAUGACACCUCCCUUAUACUUCCUGGAGCUGGAAGAAGCAACUCAGAUGCUGUUCAUCAAGCCCAAACCAAUGGGGAACUCAACACUGCUGAUUUUCACAUCUCUGGAUCAAAAAAGCUACCUGGCUUCUUCGUGAAAGAACAUCAUCAGCAUGGUGACUCAUCCUUUCUGGCUGAUAGACCACCUGAAGAGUUCUGCUCAUCCCCAGACGCCUCCACUAAAUUUCUUCCUAUUGAUCUGCUGCAGAGAAAAGACAUCCUGAAAUCUCUGACCAGAGCAGUGGAUUUGAUCACAGCCCACUUCGACUCCAGCACAGACCCUAAUGAGAAGUUUAGAUUGGGAAACAGCUCACUGUGUCCCAGAAUCAGUCAACUGGUCCUAGAUCAGCUUUGCCCUGCUUUCCUGAACAUUCUCCAGGAUGGGCUGAGACCCUUCAAGCUGGAUUUGAUUGUUGGACAACGUAGUAAUAAGCCAUGGAGCGUGGUUGAGGCAUCAACGCAGCCAGGCCCAUCCACACGCAUGCUGCAUAGUCUGGUCUCAGUUGUUAAGAAGUGCUCAAACUUGACCAACCACAGUAUGAGGCUUAAUGCCUUCUUCUUAGGUCUACUGAACUUGUCUGCUUUGGAGUCUUGGUUUUGGCACUUACACACCUGUGUGGAUGUGAUUGCAGAGUACUACCACCCCUGGGCAUUCCUGGCCUUGUCCCAGGAUCCAGUGUGUAAAUCUCUAUUUCAGGAGCUCCUCCUCCUGCUGCGGCCACUGUCUGAGUUGCCCUUUGACCUCCACUUGCUCUCCGAGUCAAGGCUCCAGAGAAGACAGGAGCAGUGCCAGCCAUCUGUCCAACAGUCAAGAUUUCUUGCCCUGUCUGGCUGCUCAUUUCUAAAGAUACUUAACAGGCAGAACAGUGAUGGACAACCAGAAAGAUUUAAAUUGAAGGAGAAAAGAGAACCAUGCACUCCAUUCCAGAUGGAAAUCCAUCCAUCAUGUAGCACUAACAUACACAAGAUCCUCCAAGGCUAUGCAGUUACUGUUUCUAAACAGUCCACCCAAGAACAGGAGCAGAAAUCAGUUUGCUCAAAAAAGAAGCAUGCUGGAUGGUGGCUCAACCAGACACCCAUUACUGAACAUAUGAUGGAAGGAGAUUGCUCUGACGCCAUUCCUCAUGUACAAAAUAAUGAGACGUUAGUGGAAAAUGGGGACAGAAGUAGGGAAGAGUUCUCACUGGGGACUGAUGAGGUGAACCCACCAAAGGAGUUGCGCUGGGCCCGAUUAUUUGGUUCUGGGAUCGGCAGUCCUGUGGCAGUGGGAAAGGCACAACAAAGCAUCAAGCAAAACCAGAGAAUCAGGCCGCCAUCACAAUGGCUCCAGCUUGGAGCAUCCAAGAUGGACCAGCUGACCCAGUCUGUGUGGAACAAAGAGACGAGCAGAACCUUGCGUCAACUGCAACAACAACCCAAACUCAAGCAGUGA